AUGAAGCCACCUAGUUCAAUGCAAACAAGUUGUAAAUUUAAAAAUGUUAGAAGAAAUGUCCAAAAGGAUGCAGAAGAACUAAAGAGCUAUGGUAUACAAGACAUAUUUGUUUUCUGCACCAGAGGGGAACUGUCAAACUAUAGAGUUCCAAACCUUUUGGAUCUCUACUAUCAGUAUGGAAUUACCACUCAUCACCAUCCAAUUCUAGAUGGAGGGACUCCUGACAUCACCAGCUACUGUGAAAUUAUGGAGGAGCUUGAAAUUUGCCUUAAAAAUAACCAAAAAACCUUAAUACACUGUUAUGGAGGACUUGGGAGAUUUUGUCUUGUAGCUGCUUGUCUCCCCCUAUACCUGUCUGACACAGAAUCACCACAGCAAGCCAUCAACAGCCUGAGGGACCUGAGAGGAUCUGGAGCAAUACAGACCAUAAAGCAAUAUAAUUAUCUUCAUGAGUUCCAGGACAAGCUAGCUGUACACCUUUCAUCAAGAGCUUCACUCUCAAGAUCUGUAUCUAGAUAA